AUGAGCGAGGCGGCUGAGGCCACCACCUGCGACACCACGCUCCCGCAGGCCGCUGACCCCGCGCCUAAGAGCCCUGCAGCCAGCGGCACGCCCCAGGCCCUGGCGCCAGCCGCGCCCUUCGCGGGGGAGCCCCGACAGAGACGCAGACCCGGACCCGCCCUGGCCUCUUCAGCUCCCGUGGGCAGCGAGGACUCGGAGAAGAAAGUUCUCACCACCAAAGUCCUUGACACUGUCAAAUGGUUCAACGUCAGAAAUAGAUAUGGAUUUAUAAACCGAAAUGACACCAAAGAAGAUGUGUUUAUACACCAGACUGCCAUCAAGAAGAAUAAUCCACGCAAGUAUCUGCGCAGUGUGGGGGAGGGAGAAAUUGUAGAGUUUGAUGUGGUUGUAGGAAAAGGGGGUCCUAAAGCAACAAAUGUGACUGGCCCAGAUGGAGUUCCAGUAGAAGGGAGCCACUAUGCUGUGUGCCGUAGACCUCCCCAUAAUGCUGGUGAGAUUAGACAGAUGAAAGAUGGAGUCCCCAAGAGAACACAACUCCUGGUCCAUCAGAAUCCAACCUACCGCCCGAGGUUCUGCAGGAGACCCGCUCAUCCACGCACGAGCCCAUAUCGUUCCCUACAGGUGAGGGUCGCGGGGGCAAGACACACAGGGCCGCCAGGACCACGAGAGAAGCCCCAGGGUCCCACGCCAGAACCUCUCCAACCCCGUGUGCCAGUGACCUGCCAGUCUCCCCAGAGGCUGUUCACCUUGGAGACCUGCUGCAGAUAUGGGUACGGCCCGGCGCGAGAUUUACACCUUCUCCCCCAGAUAGUCAAGGGCUCACCGGACGCCGCCCGAACCGCGAUGCUUUCCAAGGCACGGGCCCCUCUCUCGGGGUGA